ACUGAGGAAGGAUUGCAUUCUUCUGUUUUAAUUUUCAUUUUCUUUCAAUUUUCUUGCGCCUCUGUCGACUGUCGUCACUUCUUGACUCUGUUCAGUGACCGAGGCAAACAAAAGGGGUUUGAUUUCAUUCUGGGAGCGUCCACCGGUUUACCAUGAUUGUCAAGCACAGUUUAUUGAGGCACAUCCCAACUGGGCUCCUCAGCAGCUGACGACAGGGAACAGAAAGUAUGAUGCCAGAGCAUUUCAAAGCAAGCAGGCUUAAUAGCAGUGGAGAAAAUUAAGAUAAACUGCAUUUUGCGGUGCUAUGAUGAAUGGAAAAACUGAAAUCGGUACUGACUUCUGGGUGGGGCAAUUUAAUGGACAGGUUUAUACACCAACGAGAUCGAAAAGGAAAGUCAGAUCAAAGAAGAGGGAGUACAUUGGGUGGGGAUCGACACUACUAAUUUCAUUUCUUGAAUCAAUUGGUAAAGAUACUAGCAAGCCAUUAACUCAAUAUGAUGUAGCUGCUGUUGUAAAUGAGUAUGUUGUGAGGAAUAACCUUAUUCAUCCUCAAAAAAAGAAAAGAAUUGUUUGUGAUGAAAGGCUCCAUUCACUGUUCGGAAGGAAAACAAUCGGCCGAGUCAAAAUCAAUGAGAUGCUGGAGUCACACUUGGCUGCGAAUUGUGAUGAAUCUUCUGAGGAUUCUUUAUUAAACUCAGAAGAUGAUGAGAACACCUUGGCAACGUGUGAAUCCCCAAGGACAACAACAUCAGAGAGUAAGACUCUAUCAAAGAAAAGGGUUUCAAAAAAACCAAAGAGUUGUUUUGCGGCCAUCAUUCCUGCUAAUAUCAAGCUUGCAUAUUUGAAGAAGAGCCUAGUUCAGGACCUUCUUAAAGACCCUGAAACUUUGGAGAGUAAAUUAGUUGGAAGUUUUAUUAGAAUAAGAUGUGACCCAAAUGAUUAUCUUCAGAAGAACUCCCACCAGCUUCUGCAAGUUACAGGUAUAAAGAAGUGCCCUGGAAAGAAGGAUGUGAGUGGGGAAAUUCUCCUUCAAGUUUCUGGUUUCUUUAAAGAUGUUGGCAUUCACAUGCUUUCUGAUGAAGACUUCUCUGAGGAGGAGUGUGACGAUCUUUGUCAGAGAGUGAAGGGUGGCUUGCUCAAGAGGCCUAUGAUUGUGGAUUUAGAGCAGAAGGCUAGAAUAUUGCACGAGGAUAUGACAAAGCAUUGGCUUGCAAGGGAACUCACUAUGUUGCAAAAUCUCAUUGAACGAGCUAAUGAAAAGGGAUGGCGCAAAGAACUGGAUGACUACCUACAGAGAAAGGCGAAGCUUCAGACUCUCGAUGAACAGGCACGGCUAUUGCAGGAAAUUCCAUCUGUUAUUUCGGAUGACAUAGAAUCAGAAUCUACAGCACCAGAUGUUCCAGAAGAAAAGAUGGAAAAUGGUUCACCAGAAUCAAUGCAGGCUACAUGUAAGCAGGCAUCUUUGCUGAGAGAGGUUCAAAAGGAAGUUAGAGAUGCUCCUGAACCUGAAAGUACAACAACGAACAUAGCUGAUUGUGCAAGACAUGAAAACAAAUCACCUAAUUCAAUUCUCAGGGGAUCCUCAGAGGUUAUGUGUGACAUGCCUGCAAGUGGAACUGCACAUUCUCAUGACCCGGUUUCUGCAGAAAACUGCAACGGUAUUCAUACUCAACAGCAGCCAGUGCAACAAAUAGACCUCUGUGAGGAUGAUGGUGAAGCUGGACUUGAGAAAGCUAAGGUCUCUCGAGGAACGCCGAACAAGCCGAUUCCACCACGUGAAGUAAUCGAAUUAAGUGAUGAUGAUGGCGAGGAAAAUGAAGAACCGAGCUCUGAAAAACAGACUACUGCUAAGAUGCUGGACUGGUCGAUAGGAUGGCACUACAGAGAUCCUCGGGGCCGUGUGCAAGGACCAUUUUCAGUAGAUUUACUAAAACGCUGGAGUGAUGCUAACUACUUUCCUCCAGAUUUUAAGAUUUGGAAGGCAGGUCAAAGGCCUGAUGAAUGUGUAUUGUUGGUAGAUGUUCUUCACUGGUUUUUUGCCAAUUGAACAGUUGCAGAACAUAAGGUAUGGAUACUCCAAAAAAGGAGUCUUGUGAACAUUGCCUCACACAAGACUGACAUCGGACAAAUACCUCAUGUGACGUUUGAAAACCUUAGAUUUUCAUUUCGUCAUUGUAUACAUGCAUCUUGUACACCAAACGAUAAUAAUUAGUUCUUUUUUUUUUAGCCAUGAUAAUAAUAAUUAGUUCAGGUCAAUUCUGUUUGAUCCA